CUUCUUCAACAUCAUGAUAAGGUUGCACAAAAUCUCCCAAGAUGCCCGUUGUAGGUGUUUCCAAGCCACCCUGGUCUGAGCAGUGAAGUACUACUACCUGAAGUACCACCAAGGCACCUUUUAUUCCUGGACGCAAUUGUGAGAUAAGUUUUGAGAGUGAUUUUACAUUUUCCAAACACACUCAAAUGACAGGAUAACCUUGCCAACCUAAAGCAAGAUCCCUUGGAAUUCCUUAAACAAGAUUCAUAAAAAAUGAGACUCAAGUUGGUGGCUACUUUGGUGGUUAAAUUUAUAAAAUAAAAAAUGAAGAAAAACACAUGCAUCGGACGUAGUUUAUAAAAAAUAAAAAUAAAAAAUUGUCCGAGGUCUUCUCUCUCAACUGUUCAAACAAUAAGCUACAGAAACCAACGACAAUGGCAGUUCUCAACAUCUCCGUCACUUGUCCAAACCCCAUUGGAGACUCACAACGUGACACUCAUCCGAGUAGAGAAAGAAAAACCUCUCCUAAAACUCUAUUCGCCUAAUGGGGUCGAUUGGGUUCUCUCUCAAAUUGACAGUACUCAGUGACGCUCCCUUUCCCAUUUCUGCUCUUCGUCCCGAUUCCAACCCCAGAAAACUCAGACCUGCAUUGAGAUUCGGGCCCAGAAUGGCCGUGGCUACUCCGACCAGUUUUGGGUUUAAGAAUUUGCUGGAGACGAUCAUGGUGGACGUCCAUAGAGCCGAGAAUAGGCCACUGAAUGUUCCUCUCAUCGCGCCUUUUACGAUCGCGACUUCUCGGCUGGAGAAGGUCGAGAAUGUUGCGAUUCGAAUCGAAUUGAAAAAUGGGUGCGUUGGGUGGGGUGAGGCCCCGAUUUUGCCAUUCGUUACGGCCGAGGAUCAGCCUAUUGCCAUGGCAAAGGCGACCGAGGCCUGCGAGUUUUUGCGCCAGUGUCCCGAGAUGACGCUUAGUUCGGCUUUGGGAAAGAUCAGUGGGAUUCUUCCGGGACAUGAGUUUGCUUCCGUUAGAGCAGGAGUGGAGAUGGCAUUAAUUGAUGCAGUUGCGAGUGAUAUUGGGGUGCCUCUGUGGAGAUUGUUUGGUGGAGUUUCAAACACCAUAACCACUGAUAUAACAAUUCCAAUUGUUCCCCCGGCUGAAGCCGCUGCAUUGGCUUCAAAGUACCACAAACAAGGUUUCACAACUUUGAAACUUAAGGUUGGAAAGAAUCUAUGUACAGAUAUUGAAGUUCUUCGGGCCAUACGUGAUGUCCACCCCGAUUACCUAUUCAUCUUGGAUGCUAAUGAAGGAUAUAAGCCAAAGGAAGCUCUUGAAGCUCUUGAAAAAUUGCACGAAAUGAGUGUUACUCCUAUUCUGCUUGAACAACCGGUUCAUAGAGAUGAUUGGGAAGGCCUUGGGUAUGUUAGCCAUAUUGCGAGGGAUAAAUAUGGUGUAUCAGUGGCAGCUGACGAGAGCUGUCGAAGUGUAUCUGAUGUAAAGAAAAUAGUUGAGGGAGAUCUUGUGGAUGUCAUAAAUAUUAAACUUGCCAAAGUUGGGGUUGUUGGGGCCCUUGAAAUUAUUGAGAUAGCCAAAGCAUCAGGAUUGAAAUUGAUGAUUGGAGGUAUGAUUGAGACAAGAUUAGCUAUGGGAUUUUCUGGCCAUCUUGCUGCUGGCCUUGGGUGUUUUCAGUUCGUGGACCUAGAUACCCCCCUGCUGCUUUCAGAAGAUCCGGUUCAUGGAGGUUAUAAAGUUUCUGGUGCUGUUUAUGAGUUUACAAACUCCAGAGGCCAUGGUGGGUUCCUUCACUGGGAUGAAAUUGCUUAUAAGGUAGAACUACUGUAUGAGGUUUUUUAAAGAAGCUAUUUGGGGUUAAGAAAACAAAAAGUGCAUUCUCAUAGAAAGAGAAAUCAAGAUCUGUGAGCAAUUUCGAAGCUUCAUGGUCACAAAUUUCAAAAGUUCCUAGUAAUUGGUCACUACAAUAAUGCUGAAAAGCCUCUGAUGUACACACGGUUAAGAAUCUGAUAAGCAAACCAGGGGGAUUUACUUUGCUAGUGUAAAGGUAUAUAUGGAUCCUCCAGUUUGAUCAAUUUAGAAUACUAUUCAAAAUGCAAAUUGCGCAAAUUCUUGCAAAGCCCUUUUACAGUAACUGUAAGUCUGUAUCUCAAACCUUUUAUUUGUCUCGUGAAACUUUUAACUGGUCAGUUGUAUUUAGUGAAGUUGUGACAUUUUUAAGUUAUCCAUGUAGUGGUUAUGGAUGACAGGAUGAGUGCUCCUGUAAUAAUUGUGAGAAAAACUGGAAUGGUUGCUAGGGAAAUUGUCAUUUGUUUGAUCUUCAUCUUACACAACAUCCAAAGAUUGUAGUAGAAAA